UCUUAGCAAAAACACGUGGGAGUUCCAACUCAGCAACCGAUCGACCGUUUCAAACAAAAUCGCCUCUCCACUUUCUUGAAAGACUUUUGGUGAUUCUUUCUCCCUGUCCAUGUCGAUUCUGAACUAGAAGCAGCAGCAGCAGCAUCAGUUUCAAUCACGAGAGAUUCACGAUGAGUUCACGAGAAGAAGGCGACGAUGGACUUCGCAAACCGUUUCUUCACACCGGCAGCUGGUAUAGAAUGAGCUCACGCCAGUCCAGUAUGAUGGGCUCCUCCUCUCAGUUCAUUCGCGACAGCGCUGUCUCCGUCGUUCUUUGUGUCCUCAUCGUCGCCUUAGGUCCCAUCCAAUUCGGUUUCACUUGUGGUUAUUCUUCGCCUACGCAAUCUGAAAUCAUUAAGGAUCUUAAUCUCUCAAUUUCAGAGUUUUCUCUGUUUGGUUCUUUAUCCAAUGUGGGCGCUAUGGUUGGAGCUAUUUCAAGUGGUCAGAUUGCUGAGUACAUUGGCCGAAAAGGGUCGCUGAUGAUUGCUGCAAUCCCUAAUAUAAUUGGAUGGUUAAGCAUAUCCUUUGCUAAAGAUUCUUCAUUUUUAUUCAUGGGAAGGUUGUUGGAAGGAUUUGGUGUUGGUAUUAUCUCAUAUACGGUGCCAGUCUAUAUAGCUGAGAUAGCACCUCAGAACAUGAGAGGAAGUCUUGGAUCAGUUAAUCAGCUCUCAGUUACUCUGGGGAUAUUGCUCGCGUAUCUGUUAGGACUUUUUGUACAUUGGAGGCUGCUAGCUGUUUUAGGAACUUUGCCUUGCUUAAUUUUAAUACCUGGUUUGUUUUUCAUACCAGAGUCUCCUCGCUGGCUGGCAAAAAUGGGGAUGACAGAGGAGUUUGAAGCAUCUUUGCAAGUAUUACGGGGAUUCGAUACAGACAUUUCUGCCGAAGUGAAUGAAAUCAAGAAGUCUGUAUCUUCAUCAACCAAGAGAACAACAACCCGAUUUGCAGAUCUCAGACGAAGAAGAUAUUGGUUCCCUUUGAUGGUGGGAAUUGGAUUACUUAUGCUUCAGCAACUCAGUGGCAUCAAUGCAAUUUUGUUCUAUUCCAGCAAAAUCUUUGAAAGUGCUGGUGUUUCCUCAAGUAAUCUUGCUACAGUUGGACUUGGGUUUAUUCAGGUUCUUGCCACUGGGGUCACUACAUGGUUGAUGGAUAAAGCUGGACGAAGGCUUCUCUUGAUUAUAUCUACGUCUGGAAUGACUGUUAGCCUGCUUCUUGUUGCGGUUGCCUUCUAUAUAGAGGGAACUAUUUCAAAAGACUCCAAUUUGUAUGGCAUAAUGGGAGUGUUGUCGCUUGUGGGGCUCGUGGCAAUGAUAAUUUUUUUCUCUCUUGGACUUGGAGCUAUUCCUUGGAUUAUAAUGUCUGAGAUACUGCCGGUGAAUAUCAAGAGCCUUUCUGGCAGCGUAGCAACACUGGCAAAUUGGCUAACAUCUUGGCUUGUCACAAUGACUGCAAACUUUUUGUUGAGUUGGACUAGUGCAGGGACCUUUACUAUUUACUCAGUGGUGAGUGCAUUUACUGUUGUUUUUGUGACGCUUUGGGUGCCGGAAACCAAAGGGAGAACUCUUGAAGAGAUACAAUCAUCCUUCAGAUGAGAGUGCUUGCUCAAGUAUGUCAUCUGGUUUCAACUUUCAGCUAUUUCAUUCAUUUGUGCUAAUUGAUUCCUUAUGUGUUUCCUUACAUGUAUUAUGUGUUGUAUUCAUUUGUAUUUUUCCUUUGUGUAAGUUUUGUAACUUUUUUUUUUGAUAAUCAAAUUAAAACAAACACACAAAGAAAGAAAGAAAAAAGAUACAUGAAUAAAAGAAAAAUAAAAUGUGGGGGAGUUUUGUUUAAA